AUGGUUGAACUUCGCAAGCGCAAAGCUCCUGCGCCGCCUCCCGUAGUGGAGAAGAAGAGCAAACCAGCCCCCAAACCCAAGGUGACCGACACCCCUAAGGAGACCUCAACAGACGCCCCGAAGCCGACUGUCCCUGAGGCGGGCGAUACUAUCGAUCUCGACGACUUUGGCGGCGAAAUUGAGACCAACGAUGGCACUAAGACCACUCUCAAGAAGCUGGUCGAGGAGAGCAAGUCCGGCGUCGUCCUGUUUACCUAUCCCAAGGCCUCUACCCCUGGCUGUACGUCUCCCUUUUCCCCCCAUGACUCUUCCCAUACCUCCUGUGCACUCUUCAGCUUCAUCUUUCGCGACCGCGCCAUCUCAUCACGGUUUUGUAUAGGCACUAAACAAGUCUGCUUGUUCCGCGACAACUACACGCAUUUGACCUCGACGGGACUGUCCAUCUACGGUCUCUCAGCCGAUUCCCCCAAGGCCAAUACCACCUUUAAGACCAAGCAGAAUCUGUCUUAUUCCCUUCUCUGCAACCCCAGUGCUACCCUCAUCGGGGCCAUUGGCUUCAAGAAGGCUCCCAAGGGAACCACCCGCGGCGUGUUCGCCGUGGACAAGAAGGGCAAGGUGUUGCUUCGCGAGGCUGGCGGUCCAGAUGCCACUGUGGACGCUGUUCAGAAGCUCGUGGCUCAAGGCUCCAAGAGCGAAGCAAAGGAGGAAGAUGGCAAGGACGCUGAGGCCAAGUAG